GUCCCUCCUCGGCGCGGCCUGAGCGCCUGGCCUGACCCCAGCCAUGGGGUGCUGCUGCAGCAGCGAGAACGAGGACUCGGACCAGGACCGAGAGGAGAGGAAGCUGCUGCUGGACCCUAGCAGCCCCCCAACCAAAGCCCUCAAUGGAGCUGAGCCCAACUACCACAGCCUACCUUCUGCUCGCACAGAUGAGCAGGCCCUGCUCUCCUCCAUCCUUGCUAAGACAGCCAGCAACAUCAUCGACGUGUCUGCUGCAGACUCCCAGGGCAUGGAGCAGCGGUACAUGGACCGGGCAACGCAGUACAGCACCUGCCUGGCUGUGCUGAGCAGCAGCCUGACCCAUUGGAAGAAGCUGCCGCCACUGCCGUCUCUCACCAGCCAGCCCCACCAAGUGCUGGCCAGCGAGCCCGUUCCCUUCUCCGACUUGCAACAGGUCUCCAGGAUAGCUGCUUAUGCCUACAGUGCACUUUCUCAGAUCCGUGUGGACGCAAAAGAGGAGCUGGUUGUACAGUUUGGGAUCCCAUGAAGAGAGUGGUCCUUGGAAAGCUCUUCUCCUCUCUUCACCCCGUCUCCACCUGCCUCCCCUGGGCCCUGGCCUCACUGCGA